AGCCAGAGCAGACUCGCCCGGUUUCCACUCACCACGGUUUUGCGUGUCAUGUGGCUUGGAAGUGCUGUGGGCAUCACUUUGAGAUAUGCACUGUACUUCGCUAGAGUCCCGGAGAUGCUCGAGGAGCAUCUUGAGCUAAAUAGCCCCAUCACAUCUCAUGUGAGGCUCAAAGAAGGCCUCUUCUUUCUGGAGAAUGGGAUCUCGCCCUAUGCAGGCGAUACUUGUCAUACACCACCACUGGUUCUUCUGCUCUUGCAGCUCUUUCACCACGUUUCGCCCUUGGUGCAUUUCACUGCCUUGGUGCUGGUGGACGUGGUCACAGCGCUUCUCUUGCGAAAGCUCGCAGUCUUCUAUCGAAUAGCACGCCAAGAAGCAGGAGUUCGAUGGGCUGAGGCGUCUGCUCCCAUGGGAAUGGCGGCCAAGGAGGCAGCAGGAAUUGAGGAUGUGAUCAGCCCGGCAUUUGUCGGUUUGUUCUACCUGCUCAAUCCUUUGACUAUUGCCAGUUGUGUUGCUCUGUCAUUGCAGAACUUGCAGCACUUAGUCUUUGCGUUUGCCAUUGUUGCUGCUGCAGCGGGCAAAGGUGGCUUGUCUGCCAUCGGAGUUGCACUUUCACUAUAUGUUUGUCCAUUUACAGCAGUCUUGCUGAUUCUGCCUUGUGCAGCACUUGCACACCAGCAGUCACUUUCAGCCCGAAAAGCAAGAGACUGGGAGACUGGCGCGUACAGCCCGUCGUGGCAACAGCGAAUCAUGAAUUGUGGGUUCAUCGGAUACUGCGUCUUUUUUGCCAGCUUGACGCUUGGGCUCUUUGCCUGCCUUCUAGGGGCCUCGGCAGCAGCCAUGGGUGGAGAGCUUCAGUUCUUUGAGGCUUGCUUUGUGUCCGUGAUUGCAGUGCGAGACCUGACGCCGAAUACGGGCCUGUUUUGGUAUAUGUUUACAGAGGUCUUCCAGCGUUACUACCUCCUCUUCAUUUUUGCUUUCCAUGCACACAUCCUUUUCUACUCAGUUCCAUUGCAUCUGCGGCUUGGUUGCUAUGCUCCCACAGGUACAUUCAUCCACUGUGGUGCAGCUCUGGGGAUGAUUUGCCUCUUCAAGCCGUAUCCCACCGCAAGUGACUAUGGUUUGAUGCUAUCUGCAAUGCUGGUUCAAGCAGAGCUGAUCAAAGAGAGUCAGCAGUACUUCGCAUUCCUGCUCAGUGGAGUGAUGUUUGGCCUUUCCAUGGUUCCGACUAUGGUUGCUGUUUGGCUGGGUCGAAACGCUGGAAAUGCCAACUACAUGUACAACAUGACGCUGAUCGUUAACGUCUUUGGGUCCCUCACUCUCUCUCAAUGGGUGAAAGCUGGCCUGCGGCUUCGCAAGCGGCAACACUCUCUUGCCUACUUCCGGCAGCUGGUCCUUGACAUCGUUGACGAGGUCGUAGCCGACCCGAAAGCCGCCAAGGUGAAGGCGUCUGCACAUCUUGAUACUGCUCUGCAGUAGCGCUAAAGAUGGGACAUGGUUGCAGACGCACAAAAGGCGGCAUUUGCACAUCAUGUGUCAGCAAAAGCCCUGACUCAGUACUCCCCAAGCUGGACAGUUCAUACAUCAUUCCGGAGAUAGAUUGCGC